CGGACAUUCUCUCGUUCAAAGACAUUGUUUGGUUUCUUGAAACUCCUUGUUUCUAUUUUUUUGGUUGACAAAUUCACCUUUUUGUGUGGCACUCUUUGUACUCCUUGUUAGGCUAGUCCCUCACUGGGAGCUGCCCUUGCAGACCAAAGGACGAUUUGUCGUGGGGCGAUCAGGAAGACGCGUGCUCCCAAGUUAACUUGAUGACCCGAGCUCCUCUCCUUGAACUUUCGAGGUACUGCUUGCGUGUGUGAAUUGGUACGGUGCAUCCCAGAGACAGAUGGUGAACAACGGCUUGAACAAUCAGCCUGUGUCAGCAAUUGCCUCGAGGAUUGUUGAUCUUGGUUUUAAUUGCAUCCGUUUACCAUUCAGCUUGGAAAUGGUUCUCCAGAAUGUAUCGGUUCCAAGAGCGAAGGAGGUCUUGGGUGCCAACCUUGAUCUUCUGGGAUUGUCACCCAUGGAGGUUUUUGACAAGACCGUAUCGGCCUUGACUGAUGCUGGCUUGCUGGUGAUUCUUAACAACCAUGUGUCUUCUGCGGGUUGGUGUUGCAGUGGCAGUGACGGUGAAGGUUUGUGGCACACGGAGAGGUAUCCCGAAGAGGAUUGGCUUCGUGGCAUUCAGCUCGUCGCGAGAAGGUACCAGCCGAACCCGCGUGUCGUAGGCUUUGAUUUGAGGAAUGAAGUGAGGGCUGAUGGGAUUACUUUGCCUACCUGGGGGUCUGGAGAUUUGCUCACUGAUUGGUCAAUUGCCGCAGUGAAAGGUGCCAAGCGGGUGCUUCGAGAACAACCUGACCUCUUAAUUGUGGUUUCAGGCAUUCACUUUGGAAUGCGCCUGUCUGAAGUGCCAAAUCGUCCUAUCCAUGAAGAGGUUCCAGAGCUGAGGAAUCGAACGGUCUAUACAACCCACUUUUACUACGGUUGGUCUUUCGACAUGAUGGCGUAUGACAUGCUCUCCAAGCACAUUCCUGUGAUGUGCUGCUAUUUCACUCUCGUUGAGGACUCCCGCUGGAGAUACAGCCGUCCAUUGGAAGCUUUAGAUGACCAUGAUAUGCGGAGAGCUGCACCCUGGAGCUGCAAACGGUCUCUCUUGGCAUUUUGCGCCUCAGAGAUCUUGGUGGAGCCAUUACGUGAGAGGCAUGAAGCUGAAGAGGCGGAAGCGUUGCCGCUGAUCAGCCAAGAGCUGGUGCUGGUCUACAAGGAGACUCCGUCUACGGAAGCCUUGUGCCACCUCCUUCGUCAGGUGCAAGGACUCAAGAUGCAGCGUCCGGGCUUCAUGGAGGAGGAGGAGAUGAGGCCCGAAGGCUGCUUUGUUGAGGAGGUGAAAAGAAGUGGCCCAGAAGCGCACGAUCCCGAGCAGCAGGAUCGCCGUCAGGCUGCGCAACCAGAGGAGAUCAUGGGGAUGUGGCAGAUCUUGCAGCAGCGCUUGAUCGAGGCCAGUGUGAAGCCGAGAUGGACCAUCUCGCCCUUGCAGCGAGAGGAUGGAAAGGGGAAGAAGGGUGAAUUUCAGACCAAGGAUGUUGAGGCGCCGUACACACCCUUUGCGGGAAAGACCCAGCCCGACGCAGUACUGCUCCAACUCUUGCAACGCUCUGUUGCGCGCUGCCUUGACCCGCCGCAAUUCUUGUUUGCCCGACUCAGCCUGAAUGGCCGAGCUGACAAGUUGUCGCGCCGUUCAACAGCAGCGCCUGAGGAUGUCCGGGGCGAAGUGACCGGUGUCGUGCUGCCAGUGCUGGCCGCCCUUGCUGGAUGGCUCGCUGUGAUGUAUGGCAUCCAGCAUGCCUUGAUUCAGGUGCCAUUCUUGACUGGGAAUCAGUAUGAGUACUUCCCCAUCAUCGCAACCUUCAUCGCCGGGUAUGGUGUCAUCGUCUUGGAGGAGCAAACAGAGAUCAACAAGGCCGCUACUGCCCUUGUGUUGGGCGUACUUGUGUGGGCUUUGGUGGGAACCGGCGUUGAUAUGUCUGCCGCGAAUUUUGACACGGCCAUCAAGGAGACCUUGGAAGAUGUCUCCGAGGUGGUUUUCUUCCUUCUGGGUGCAUUGACCAUUGUUGAGAUCAUGGAUGCGCACAAAGGCUUUGACAUUAUCACAAAAGCCAUUCAAGCCAAGAGCCAGAAGGAGUUGUUGAUCAUCAUUGGUGUCCUGACCUUCGUGCUUUCCUCCGUCCUUAACAACCUGACAGUUGUCAUUGUCAUGAUCUCUUUGCUCCAGAAGCUGGUGAAGGACGAAGAUUUCCGCAUGAAGUUGGGUGGCCUUGUGGUGGUCGCCUCCAACGCCGGUGGAGCCUGGACGCCGAUCGGAGAUAUUACCACCACCAUGCUUUACAUCGGUGGACAGGUCACAACCGUGCCUCUCCUGACCAACUUGUUUGUCCCAAGUGUGCUGUGUUUGGUGGGCACACUAGGCUAUGAGUAUCUUCAAAUGGAAGACAAACCCUUUGACCGAGACCCUUCUUCCGCACAGGAUGAUGAAGUUCCCAACGGCCAGGCAGUUGUGUUUUGGGGUGGUCUUUUCGGCAUGAUUACGGUCCCUGUCUUUACUGCAAUCACGCAAUGCCCUGCCUGGAGUGGGAUGAUGCUUGUCCUUGGUCUGCUCGGCUUGAUCACCUCCUUGCUCCACGGCCCAGAGGAUGAGAAAUAUUCCUUGAAGGGAGCACUCACUCGAGUCGAGGUUCCAGAUGCCCUUUUUUUCCUUGGCGUCCUGUUCGCGGUUGGUGGCCUUGAGCGAGUGGGCCUGCUGAAGGAAUUUGCGGUGCAGCUGAGUACGUAUGUGCCUUACGAUGCGUUGGUGGCCAUUUUCCUUGGGUUCGCAUCUGCAAUUGUUGACAACGUGCCUUUGGUGGCUGCUGCUCAGGGGAUGUAUGAUCUCGAAGCACAUCCUGCAAACGAUGGCCUUUGGAAUUUGAUCACGUACUGCGCUGCCACUGGCGGAUCUCUUCUGGUCAUUGGAUCUGCAGCAGGAGUUGCCUUCAUGGGCAUGGAGAGGAAAGUUUCUUUCGGAUGGUAUGUGAAGAGCAUUGGACCUGCUGCACUUGCGGGCUAUUUCUUGGGUGUUGCUGGCGUUCUGGGGCAGCAGGCCUUGGGACUGAGCGUAGCCUGA